AAAACGCCUUGACCCAACCCUAAGGGGAAUCAAUAAAAUAUACUAGUCCUAUCUGUUUCCUUGUGGAAUAUUAGAAAAAUUACCAAAAGUGUUCCAAUUUUUUUUCGCAGUAUUGGCUAUUAAUUUAUGUAUCUCGGUGAUUUUUUUGUGCCUGGAAAAUUAUUGCUGCAAGGUUUCUUGCAGCGACAGUGAUAAAGUUGAUCGUCUGAUCUUAGAAAAUAUAAUUAUCUUCAAUGCGAGUGGGUCAAAAGUCAGAGAUAUUGUAGAUGGUCGCAUUUCUUCCCGAGUUUUCUCUCAAGUACAAAUCUUGACCCGAAGUGGAAACUGACCUGCCUAUUAAAUUAUCGUUAAGUAAUUCGCAUCGGCGAUCUGUAAUUGAUUACAGCGAUGGCCGCAACGUCGCCGAAUGCCGAUGAAGCGAAAGGAAAGCUCCGGAGGCCUCGGCCGCAGUUUUCGGUCUCGAGAAAUCGGUCGUGGGGAAAGAAAGUGGCCAUUAAGAUAACGACGAUCAAUUCUGCGAUUAGUAUUCCUGCUCGAACUCGCCAGUAAAGAAUUCAGAAGAAUUUAAAAUUGCGGGAUAUGAGACAAACGUCGCGGUGAUUGAAAUAUCAACAUAUUUGACUAAACUUACAACUGAUAUACCUCUUCAUUAUUUUAUCUCCUGUUACUUUUCGACCGCUGACAAACAAACGUUUCAUACAAACGUUCCGUCAAGCGAUCGCAUUAAUUACUUAUCGGCAAAGGCGCAAGGCUGAUCCGUCUAGCUCGAUCACAAGAUUCGCGCGCGGGACAAAACGGGACUUUACCCUACGGCGAGAUUCGAAUCUGGCGCCGGGCCGGCGAUGGCGGCGGCCCGGUCGCGGGCUCGCGCGCGCCGCGCGCUCCCAUUGGCCGGCGCGGCGGCGCUGUCAUAUGAUGGAGCUGCGUGGCAUGACGGGACGGCGGAUCGCGAUUUUGCAACAUGGCGGCGAAGUGAGGGCGAAGUCGCGGGUGCUGUGCCAUCGGAAAAUGUAUCUUUCCUAGUCGCCCGUAGUAGCGAUCCCGCCGUUACCUCGCAGUCACGCGCGACAGUGGAGAUACGUGUCCGGUCGUCGGGCGUCGGUCGUGCACCGGCGGCGUUGGCGCGUGUAAAUAUGAACGGGACGGCCGGCAGCGCGACGACGAAGGUGACACCCCGCGGCACCGUGCGCCGCUCGAGCACGUAUGGCAGGGACUAGGGCUCGCGACGAGGGAGCCCCGCUUUUGUCCGAGCGCAAGCGACGAGCGGCAGCCGCCGAGACAGGAGCACCGGGUAGCGACGCGAUGUUGUGGCCAGCCCUGCCGAACUGUGAGAACAUAUACACAAGAGAUAGAAGCACUAUCAAUCGCUGUGAUUUCUGAUCGUACAUGCGUGCCAAACACGAAGAUAUAAGUGGGCGUUAAAAAGGGAUCCAAUGGUUUCCUGACAUGAUGGAGGGCAAAUUAUAUGUGAAGAAUGAGCCGGGACUUGAGGGGCAAUCGCUCGCGAAUGCGCAGCCCAAUCCGCCCGAGGACGGCGGCGGAUCUGCGAGGAUCUGCUUCGUCUGCGGCACCGUCGGCCACAGCGAGCAGCACUGGCUACGAGUGAAGCCGAGCCCAGGCGGUUCGCCCAACGAGCCCUACUUUCCGUUUCUCGAGUCGCACGAGCCGCCAAGCGGCUACCGCGGCGACGGCGCCAGGAGCGGCGCCGUCAAGGCCUGCAACCUCUGCUACAUUCUGCUGUUACAGCAGUGGGAGAGCUACGAGCGGGAGGCUAGACCACACAGCCAGCGGAUUUAUUGGCUGAAGAGAUGCGACGGCGGGCCGUUCACGGGGGCCGAGAUGGCACUGCAGGGCGAGUACGCCGCCCAGGUCCUGGGCUUGACCAACGAUCAGGCGCCGCAGCUCAGGCAGGAGAGCCGGCCGGUCGGCAUCUCGCCGCGCCUACCGCCGAACUCGCCCUCGCCGAGGGUCGAGCAGACCAGGCCGUCGUCGAAUUCGGUCGCCGAGGUGCCGAGGCCGCAUUCUAACGCAACGGAGACGCACAGGCACCUGGAGCAGGCGAGGCUGAUGAUGGAAUCUCCCCACCACAGAUUGCAGUCACCCCAUCAAAGGUUGCAGAGCCCGCGGCAGCCCGUCGAAGACGCCAGGGUGUCCAACGAGGCGGCACUGGACCUGAGACACGCGCCCAGGAGCUCACCCGCGCCGCAACCCACCUUACCGCCGCCCACAGCUAUCUACAGCGGCGGAUCGUCAUCUAGCGUCGGCACGGACAUCCUGGAUCUGUCGAUGCCGGACAAGAACUCGGUCACGGAGGUCUGCUACGUGUGCGGGGACGAAUUCAAGAGGGGAUCUCUCAGUCAUAUCGCUGCGAAGCCACUGCCAACCCAGCCGCAUCCUUCUUCCAGUCCACCGCCGUUCUUUCCGUCGCUGAUGCUUCAUCCCAGGCCGAGUAGAAGUCGACCUAUGGACAGCGCUGGACGAGUGCAGGCCUGCUCAGCGUGCCAGAAUCAUCUUUUAAUACAGUGGAAAGCGUACACGCGGCAGGGAGUACCGCACGGUGAUAGAAAUUACACGCUUCGCAAGCGGCAAGCACCCACAAUGGAUACAACCACGUUUAUUUGCUACACUUGCGCUCUCGAGUACCCUUCAUCCAGUAUUAGACUUCUGUAUUGCUGUGCUAAUCCAGAGAAGGAGGCGUACUACCCUUUUAUUUCUCAACUGAGACCUCCGACAGGAGCUAGUCCUAUUAGUCCUCAGGGAAUGGUGCAGGUUUGCUCCAUCUGUUACAAGGCUAUCCCGCAGAAGCAGCAGGUGUUCGGCGGAGAGAAUCACGAGGCGCAGCCAGCCGGGCAAAAUGUAGAUUUCCGUCAACAAGGUCCCUCGCCACGGCCAGCUGUUCCAAAGUCUCCGGCCAAUUCAGCUGGUAGCGAUAUUCGCUUUAAGCCAUACGACUUAAACAAGUCAACGGUUGCUACGAACAAGCAACGAACAAGCAGCACCACCACCACUACCGCCGCCGUCGCCGCCGCCGCCGCCGCCGCCGCUGCCGCCGCCGCCGCCGCCGUGAAAGCUCCCACGUCAGGACAACGAAAUUCACCUAGUAACGGUCCCGCGGAGAAUGGGACUGUCGCGGCUGGCCAUCAAAAUUACCGGUGCUAUAUCUGCGAGAGAUUAUAUCCUAGCAUUCACAUGGAAUGGUUAUCUACGAGCCCGGAGGGAAUGAAUUCACACGCUAUGCAUUUUCCUUGCCUGAGAGGAAUGGCACGUACGUCUGAAAACGCCUGCAUGGAUAGCCACGGGAGAGUAUUGGCGUGUAGUCACUGUGUGAAUCAUCUUGCGCAACAGUGGGAAAGUAUGGAUGCCGAACGGGUUCCGUUGGAACGCCGCAGAUACGAUAUUCCUAGUCCACAUCCAAAUGGUGACGUAAACCGGUCAAUCGCUACGCCACCGAGCUCCAGUUCGGAUCGCACGUUCGGAAGCAAUCCGGGCACAUCGAGCAGCUCGAUUUAUUGCUUCCUAUGCGGCUUACACAGCGAUUUAACUCUGGCGAGAGUAUUGUACGGUCGUCCGCAGGGCCGAAACGCGCCAUUUUUCCCGGAACUGUUGCGUCACCAGUCGCCGCCGAACGCCGAGCAGCUACGCGAGGACGGCUCGGCCCUGGUCUGCACGUUUUGUUAUCAUUCACUGUUGGCGCAGUGGCGCCAGCACGAAUCGCUUUCCAGCGGCCAGCAAGUGAACGCGGCCGAGCGCCAGUACAACACCCACGACUACUGUUGCUACGUUUGCGGCAUCGUGACGUACAGGAAACGGGUACGAGCGCUGCCGGUGAAGGACUUUCCGUUCCUGAGGUAUCACAGGCAGCCGGAGAAGAGCCUGCUGUUAGAGAACGGUGAUUUUGCGGUGGUGUGCUUGGACUGUUACGAGACCUUGCGUACGCAGAGUCUCGAGUACGAGAGAUGGGGCCUGCCUGUUGAGAAACGAGAAUACAAUUGGAUUGUGCAACCUCCGCCGCCCGAGGACAGUCCGGACGCUGCCAUAGCCAGAUUACCGUCGGGCGAGAGGUCCGAGAAAGUGGUUCCACCGACAUUAACCGUUAGGCCAGCGCGAAAGAACUGCUCACCGAAGGCACCCGAUAAAAAGGCACCUGCAAAAAUUCCGGAGAAGGAACAAGGUCUACAGCCCGCCAGCACCAAAGCUCAGCCGACCUCGAUCGGCAAGUCCCACCGACCCAGUUCCGGCGUACUACCUCAGGGUCACACCCCGGGACCUGGACCGGGCGGGCAGCAGAAUAGCAGGAGUUUCGCCGCCGCCCUGAGGAACCUGGCCAAGCAGGCGGGCCCGGCACCUCAGGAAGAGGAACCGCGUGCCAGCCCGAAGAACCGGGCGCCACCGCCCUUGGUCAGAGGUCCUUCCCCUGCUAAGGAGCGAUCGACGCACGAACGAAGACCUGAAGAAAUUCCCUCCUUGUACACAACUGCCAGACCCGUUGAAACCAGCAAACACAGCGUAACUGCCGCGGCUACCGAAUUGCUGGCUCGUUCCGGUUUUCAGCCGUACCGGCCCGAGCACCAUCCGGCCCAUCCACCGGCAUUCGCCUUGGACCCCGCGACCUAUAGCGCCUAUCAUCCCGGUCUCUAUCCACCGCCGCACCUGCCGCACGCUUAUAGAUUAGAGGAACAGUUGUACUUGGAGCGAUGUGGAAUGAUAAGACCGCCGUUGUUCCCGGGACUGCCAUCGUAUCCUCUGUACGGGCUGAGAUACAGUCCCGACAUGCUUCCUCCGCCGCCCGCCUCCCUGGGCAUCAUGUCUCCCGUGAUGCACGAACGAUUGAAGCUGGAGGAGGAACAUAGGCUACGGCAAGCACGGGAGCAGGCUGCGUUGCGGGAGGAGGAGGAAAGGAGAAGAAUAGCGAGAAGUUCUGCUCCCGCCGCCCCGGUACCCGCGCCUGCCCCUGCAUCCGCCGAUACUGCAGCUAGGAAGCCGACCAUAGCGGCUCAGAUGCAUAGCGACCGGGACCGAGAACGCGACGGUAGAGAACGACAGAGCGGUAGCAGUGGUGGUGGUGGUAACAGCAGCGGCAAUGCCAGCAACGCCGGUAACACCUGUGGGAAUAGCACCAGCAACGCCGGUAACUCCAGCAGCAAUAUCAGUGGACCCGCGGUUACUGUCGGUAGCAGUCACCACCAAUCCCGGAAAGAGGAGCAACAGUCCUCCGCUCCACCAGCUGUACCACCACCACCGCCACCACCACCGCCUUCCGAUCCGGCAGCAGUAGCAGCGGCAGCGGCGGCAGUCACCAUCUAUCAUCCUCGUCUGCCACCUUUCCCCACUCCAGCCGCACCCAUCGGACCGACCCUAGGUUCCACUUCGAUAUGCUCCGCCAGCUCUGCGCCCAUUCCGCCCCCUUUGGGUUCCACUAUGCCCCCUUUGAAUCUUGGACCGCCGCCGCCGGUGGCUAUAAGCACGGCGCCGAUCUGUCCACCGCCGAUACCUUCCAUACCGUCCUUGACACCUGGUGUCAUAGGACCACCGCCUCCACCCCCGCUGUCCCUAGGCAUGCCCCUCCCGCCUAUCAUCUCUAUUCCCUCUCUUCACUUGCCCCCCGUGCCGUCGAGUACCAUUCAUUCUAGUCAGCACACAGCCACGAUAAUGAGCAGCGCGACUACCACGGUCACCAGUUCCAUUUACCAUCAACAGCAGCAACAGCAUCAACAGCUCUCGUCGCAACAGCAGCAGCAACAUCAACCACGCGCGAACAGUACGAGCGGUGCGACGACUACGAGUUCUCUCUCCGGUGCAAUGACUACGCACGCGGCGCUAACGCCGCCCAGCAGUUCUUCGUUGACGUUGAACUCCAUGAAUCACAUGGCCCACAAGUCCCCGCCGUUGUCCCACAGUGUUCAUGUAUCUAGAAGCAAGGAGCCGCCGACGACUACGACGACAGCAGGGAGCGCGUUGCCCACGACGGCGGCCAUGACUACCACAACGGGCACCACGACAACGUCGCAGCCGGCUUUCGUCAGGCCCUUCGAGGACUCGUUCCGCUCUUCCUCGACAAAGGCGCAACAGAGACAACCGAUAAUGAACAGUCACAAUCACAGUAUAGUCAAUCAGAUCGGCCAUCACGAGCCGUCAUCCUUGAAGACUUCGUCGAUGGCGCCGAUUGCUUCGCAAACCGUGGGUAGUCAAGUGAUGCAGGAGAAUUCCUCGAUGGACAACAAGUCCAUGAGCAGCCAGCAAGCGCUCUCCCAACCGAUUCCCUAUCCACCACCUCAGCAGUACCAUCAUCCACACAUACCCGUUUCGCACGUGCCAAGUCUCUACAAACCGCCACACUUCUCGACGUCGUCGUCGUCGUCGUCGUCGUCGUCGCCGCAUCAGCAGCAUCAUUCUCAAGCCAAGCUCAACGUACCAACGAUAAACGCCAGCAACAGCAGUCACAGCGGCAGCGGCGGCGCGAGCAUCACUAAUUCGACUAAUUCGACGAGUAUCGCGAAGCAGCAGAACGCGCAUCACGUCGGCGAGCCUCAUCAGACGGCAACCACGUUGACCUCGCGAAAUGAUAGCGCGACUAAUUGCGUCUCCAGCGAGAAGACGAUGAUCAACAGCGGUUUCAGCGCUAACACUCAAGUCAGUGGCGGUGGUAAAAUUGCAAAUCAUACAAACGCGCAUCAUAAAAGCAACUCGGACGUCGCGGUGAAAGACAACAAGCUGAACGCGUGCAGCGAAAAGAGCGAGCGCGUGAGCGAGAAUGUAAUCAGGCAACCGCAGUUGCCAAGUCAGAAUCAUGUCGCGGCGAAUUCGCUCCAGGAAAAAACCGCGGUCCCGCAUCUGCCUUAUGAACAGCAGGGAAAGAAUUUGAAGCCCCCUCAUCCGGUAAAUUAUAACCUCGGCGAAAAGGAGUGCAAGAACGAGGUCGAUUGUGCUUUGCAAUGCGAUCAGAACAACGUCUUGUCCACAUUACCGUUUCAACCGAGCUUUAAGUUUAGCAUAAGCGACAUCGCGCAGAAGCCGAUGGACACGACGCAGCUGAUGCAGAGUAUCAAGUCUGAGGAGGUGUUGCGCACUUGUCAGAACGUCUCCAAUGUGCUCUUGCAAAUCCCGAAGUAUCAGGAGAAGCUCCUCAACUUCUCGACGAGCAGCAACGAGCUAAAGACGACCGCGUUUUGCUUUACCGACAAGUGCAAUAAUUUGACUGAGAUUUCCGUGAAGUGCGAACCAGCGGUACUAAAUGUGCCUGACCUCAGCAAAGCCCUGAGCAAGCAGGAGGUCACCAGCAGCGAAAAGUCCUUCCUGAUGCCUGAGAUGAUGAAGAAGGAACUAACGUCGUCCCUCGAUCUGGCCGAGAAGAGGCGUAAGCGUAGGAGGGAAAGGAACACGGGCGUCUCGUGUAGCUCUGACUCGGAGGGCGAGGAGGAAGCCAAAGACGUGGAUCUUUGGAUCACGAAAGGUCCGCCGGCUAAGCUACAAUAUUCGGAAGACAAAUUGGCCUUCCUAGCCAUGUUCGGACUGACUACACUGACCAUUAGGAACGAGAUAGAAUUGUGUAAGGUGGAAAAAAGAUACAGAUUGAAUCCUGACCCACCAGAACUACCUCUGGAAGUAGAUCCUGUAAUAGAAUCCAUCUUACCGGUUCCGCGUGAGCAUCCGGACGUUUUGCUUCACACGCCAGAUUUCGAGCCAAAAGUUGGCUUUCUCAGAACCAUAGGUCUCGAUAUUAUGCCUCCGAAUAAGAGAGACGAGGCAGAAGUGACAUGGCAAUACGUUCUGGCAGAUCGCAAGAAACGGAAAAGCGCAAACUCCGUUACUGCCUACUGUGAAAGAAUCGCCAAAGUUUAUUCUAGGAAUCCUCCAGCUUUACCAAAACCACCUCAAAAAAUGCGUCUUCUGGACAGAGUUAAAGUGAAACAUAUUCCGGAGCGACCACCACCGCUGCCACCCUUGGUUCCGAAUAUAGUUUCGAUGUACUAUCCCACUUUACCUAUGCCUGGUGAGAAUGGCGUGAAGCAACACUGUAAAACUAUAGACAUCAGCGAGGGCCCCGACGAAAUGAGUGAGAAAAGAGAAAAGCCAAGGUGGACUGGAAUCGUGGACGUUAUGUUCGCCUACAGCGAGUAUUUGAAGGAAAAGACAUUGGAGAGGAAGAUUCUGACAAGCGAAACAUCAAAAUUGAUAACACAGACCAAUAACUUGCGCUCCGAGACUGCUCAGUUAGAGCGGAAGCUCUACGAGCUUCUGUCCGCCAGAUCAGCACUUGAUUCCGAGAGGCGAAUGCUCAGCGACAAAAUCGAGAGGAUCAACGCACUUGUUAGGAACCUUAGAUAGCGUUGCGUAACGCACAACACGGAAACUCAUUCAUCUGUGAUAUUAUCAGCGGGUUAAGGGCCGUUAGCGUGUAACGCGCACUGCUAAACACUUAGAUAAGUAAUGGUUAAGGACAAACUCUUGAGUGACCAAAUGUACAGCGAUCCUUCGUAUUGUUUUUGCGUACUUUAUUACAUAGUAUAACGCGCCCCCUUUUUUGCCGUCGACGAUCGGAUCGUGCGGGGAUAGCGGGAACCCUCGGCUCUCGGCUCGCCCACAGAAGGCAGCGAUCGCGUCCGGCUUGAACACGUUACCGCACUAAUAGAUAUUAUUUUUCGCAUUCAUCGUUCGACGAGUGUGCUGAUCUUUAAUCACGAACGCGGAGUCAUAUCAAGCGUACCUUACAAGGAUAUGUAUAAAGCUCUAAUUGUACAAAUCGAAUUGUAUCCCAUCCGUGGAAAGACAGUUUUUACGACCGCGAAUAAAAGGACGAAGGCUUUCUAGUUUCACAACUAACGGCUCUUACACUCCAAGCAUAAAUAAUUGUAAUUUGUAUCAUAUUUUAAUGAGAAAAAAAUAGACAAAUCGUGUAACUUAUUUUAUUCUGCGUAAUGUGGACUUUAACGUCGAGUACUUGGGGAAGAAAAACAAUGAUAUAUAUCACGCAGUUUGUAUGUCGACCGAUUGAUAAAGCGAGAGGAUAAUUGUAUGAGGUGGAAAGGUGGCAUCGACUAUAUCGGACUGGCAGUGUCAAGGAACCGCUUGCAUACAACAGCGACUACGUCCUUAUUUUUACGUUUAGCAUAGUAGCGCGUGUGGUGAAACGGAUUUGAUCGAUUGGAAUCGAAUCGUAAUAAUAGUAAGGUACACGAGCACCGGUUACGUGUCCGGACACGAGGAGGGAAAAGAUUGAGAGUAACGGUAGGACGUUUUACGCCAGUUGCGUUUUGCGUUUUGAUUCAAACCAACGUUAUAACGACACGGGAACUCUAGUCUACAGACGUGCCCAGACUAUACGGGAAGAGAGGGGAAAAAAAACAGAUAACGCGCGCCGAUACGCAUAAAAUCAGAAUAGUGAGCAGUUCCUUUCGAACGUGUCCACGCCGUUCACCGUAGUGAACCCGAAGGCCAGUGAAGAUACGGGGAGGAGCGUUAUUAACGUUGUAUAACAACACUGCGGUACUUAGAUAAUGCGACUUAAUUUUUAAAGGAAAAAAAAGAGGAAAAAAAUAAAGAUAAUCGUGAGACUUCGCGCGGAGCACAUUCCACGUAAGAAAAAAAAAGCCACGCUUGUUGCCCGACCGUUAACAUUCCAACUUCACCGCGACAAUCCUGGGGGGACUCGACGCGAGUCGAGUGGCGAACCAAAUUUGGAAAGAAAGAAGCCGAUCGCACUGUUGGUUUUUCUUUUCUGGCGCGUCCGUGUCGCGUAAAUGCGCUCUACCUUUCGCACCACGGUAUCCCUAAAACUUGUCUCCCGCUCUCUGCUCUCCGAGCGCAUCAUAUCUCGUCGAUGUCAAUCGCACGCCGUAGGAAACACCAUCCGCACGGUGCGCGCGACAAAGCUACCAUUUAUAGUUUCGCCGUUCUGUUCAUUGAGUGCCUAACAUUUCUCCCUACAUUUGUACAUACCAUUAUUUUUAUGUAUUAUGUAAUUAACAAAGGGGGGACCGCGAGUGCGCGCCGGUCUCAUUCUCAACUGGCCAGAACAAGAGCCUAGGAGUAAAUUGUUGAAAACAUGAA